AUGAAGAAGCUGGAAGCAGACGAUACAAAGCCUCCUGAGCCACCCAAAGAUUACAUUCAUGUUAGAGCUAGAAGGGGUCAGCCAGCAGAUAGCCACCGCUUCGCUGAAAGAGUAAGAAGAGAAAAGAUCAGCGAGAUGCUAACUUUACUUCAGGAUCUGGUUCCUGAUUCCAGCCGGAUAACAGGGAAAGCAGAUUCACUUGAUGAAAUCAUAAACUAUGUGCAGUCCUUAAAGAGACAAGUUGAGCUAUUGUACAUGAAGCUGGCUACAAUAAAUCCAAGGAUGGAGUCUAACCGUAAUGCUGCUUUAUCCAUAAAGGUAAAAGAAAAUAUGCUUUACGCAAUUGCCUGCUCAGAGCAAAGACUUCCGUUAGGAUACUAUUCUCUUGCCCAGAACAUGCCUAGAUUCUCAGACACGCAAUUCCUCUCGAACUAUGGAUUUGUUCAAACUAAGAUAUGGAUACUGGGAAAAUGA